GCCACGUCAGAGUUGGAAAGCAACUGUUAAUAGAAACGAUUUGAUGUUUUAGAACUGUAUGCAAAUGUACUUUGUUCUAAUGAGGAUGAGUUAAAGAAAUUCUUUGAGGUUCCGAGUUUUUUUGUAUUUACCACUGAAAUGAGUAACAACACCUCUGUUGUUGGUGGUCAAAUUUCAAAGCGAAACAUUAAUGACAAGGUGAUAAUUGUACAGAUUCUGGUGGGUAUUUUUCUUUGCAUUAACUCCAUGCUGAUUGCAACCUUUUUUACUAAGGAAACCUUCUACACAAACAUGCGCUACAUUUUAUUUGUCACCACACUAUUUUCUGAUUAUGUAAAUUUAAUCAUCUCAAAUUUGUUGCUGAUCUUGAGCUAUUUUGCCAUUCCUAUACAAACAUGGCCAUGUCUUUUCUUUUGCUUCCUGUCAUCUCUGUGUAAUUAUGUCACUCCUCUGACUCUGACAGCGAUGAGCCUGGAGCGCUAUGUGGCUAUCUGCAUGCCUCUGCGUCAUGCAGAGCUGUGCAGCACAGCCAGAGCCCUGCAGGGCGUCCUCAUCAUUCACAGCCUCAGCUUUAUUCCCUACACUGUGAUUUUUUUUAUGUUGCUUUCUUCAGUCACCUUUAGCUUCUUCACACAACACAUCAUCUGCUCUGUGGAAUCUUUAAUUUUGCACAGGUGGCAGGGUCAUGUUAGGUCUGCAGUCAGUCAGUUUUACUUCCUGAUCAUGUGUAUCCUCAAUGCUUUCUCCUAUUUUCAAAUAAUGAAAGUGGCCAAAGCUGCAUCUGGAAACAACAAAGAGUCGACACGAAAAGGACUCAGAACUGUGAUCCUCCAUGCUUUCCAGCUGUUUCUCUGUCUCAUCCAGCUGUGGACCCCUUUCAUUGAAGCUGCCGUUCUUCAGACUAAUGUCAAUGUAUUUAUAAAUGUCAGAUACAUUAACUAUAUUCUGUUUAAUCUUUCUCCUCGAUGCCUGAGUCCUCUUAUCUACGGCCUCAGAGAUGAAGCGUUUCUGCUUGCGCUGAAACAAUGGCUGUUCAGCUGCCCAUUCAAGGCCAACAUGUUAAAACUGUAAUCCUGGAAAAGCAAAUCUUUGCCAGAAAUAUCUUUUAAAGCUGUAUAAUAUGCAACGAGGUUCAAACAUUUCAACAGGCUUGUUUAAAUAUAAAACCUUUGAAUUCAAUAAUCAAUAAUUAAAAACACCAUAUUUUGUAUUUAGAAUCUUUAUGUGUGGAAACUUAAUGUUUGUAUUGUUCAAAGGAAAGAAACAUCAACUGAGUUUAUGUGAGUUGUGUAUCAAAAUUAAAAUUUAUGAUGAUUGACAUUUUUGUAGGAAACCAUGAAUUUUAUAGAGUAGUUUUAUUUUUCCAAUGUUUGAUUUGUGAGCACUUGCUAAGAAUGUGACAGGAAAGAGAAAUGGACAUAACAUUUUAGUUGAACAAUAUCUAGUAGUUAAAAAACACACCUAUCUGAAGUUUUUUUACUUGGGUUGACAUAUAGUAACAUCACACUAAAGAUAUUUUCAACUGUUGUCUUUUCUGUGUUCUCUAAUGCACCCAAAAUCAAAAAGAAAAAAAUCAAAUAAAACUAAAAAUAUAUUUAUAUAUAUAUUUUUAAAUCACUGUGUUUCAUAGAAAUGUCAUUUUCAUACUGAUAAUUGAGUUGUCAACACUGCUUCUGUGUUGUCAUAGUCACAAAAAACUAAAAUAUCUACAGAUAUGUG